UCGAAGCUGAGGACGUCGUCGGUCAAAGUCGAGCGGCCACCAUGUCCGCACGCAGCAUCGCCCGCUUUUGGGAGUGGGGGAGGAAGAUCAUCUGCGUGGGCCGCAACUACGCGGAGCACGCCAAAGAGCUGAAGAACGCCGUCCCCGCCGAGCCGCUGCUGUUCUUGAAGCCCCCUUCGGCCUACGUCCGCGAGGGCUCGCCCAUCCUGGCGCCCGUCUACUCGGGCGAGCUGCACCACGAGGUGGAGCUGGGGGUGGUGAUCGGCAAGGGGGGGGCGGACAUCCCGCGCUCCGCCGCCAUGGAGCACGUGGCCGGCUACGCGCUGUGCCUGGACAUGACGGCCCGGGACGUGCAGGACGAGUGCAAGGCCAAAGGUCUGCCCUGGACGCUGGCCAAGGCCUUCGACACCUCCUGCCCGGUCAGCGACUUCAUCCCCAAGGAGCGCGUCCCCGAGCCGGGCGACCUCGAGCUGUGGCUGAAGGUCAACGGGCAGCUGAGGCAGCGCGGCCGCACGUCGCAGAUGAUCUUCUCCAUCCCUUACCUCGUCAGCUACAUCAGCCACGUCAUCACCCUGGAGGAGGGCGACCUCAUCCUGACCGGGACGCCCGGCGGGGUGUCGGCCGUGCGGGAGCGCGACGAGCUGCAGGCGGGCAUCGACGGAGUCGUCACCGUGACCUUCAGAGUCGAGAGGAAAGGUCGCUAGUUCACGAUCCGCGCCGAUGCGGCUCUUGUCCAGCAGGGAGCAGCGGUAGACCGCACCGCCUUUCAAUUCAAACACCAAAUUGUGCCUUUGCUUUGCUUUUUAUUGCUAUGCGCCAUUCAUGCACACCCAAGACGCAAAUCAGGACUCGUUCAGUGAAAGGAUGCAAAUCAAGAUCAAAUCCCAACACGAAUCGAGCGAGAAAACAUCAUCUGUCCCUCUGCUGUGCUGCUUAAUUGUCCUCAUUACGGACGGGACGGCCCGGCCCGGACCGCAAAGGACAACCAGCGUUCCCACUCGCAUCCUGAAUCACAGUUGCUUUAGGAUGUGGCAGGAAGCGCACGCAAACGCCAGCCACACGGGGAGGCCGGAUUUCAACACGCAACCUGUGCAACGGCUCCGGUUAAAAGCAUCAAAGAUGUCGGAACCGCAAAAGUUUCCAAUGUAGCACACGGCAGUCGUUGGGGAUGUUGCUCGCACAGUUGAGGAGCCUGGAAAGAAAACGCCGCUUGGCCUCGUUCGCUUCUGAAUCAGAAUCAGAAUCAUCUUUAUUUGCCAAGUAUGUCGGAAAACACACGAGGAAUUUGUCUCCGGUAGUCGGAGCCGCUCAAAGUACGACAACAGACGGCCAACUGACAGAGAACCGGAAACGCUCAACGAGCCUGCGCCCGACCGACCACCUGGAGGAUCCGCGAGUCUCGGAAGGCGGCUCGAAGCUCUUCAGUGUGUUUCCGUCCGAGCCGCGAUAAAAUGUUCUCAUCCGGUCUUUGACUCACAGGAAGCCGGUGCCGAGAGCUCGGGCCUGCUCAGAUGUAGUACCGGUACCGUGGAAAACCUCUGUAAAGGAUUUUCUUAUCUAAUCCUUUCAUAGCAGUCGUUUGGACAUUUAACGGUUUAACCCUGUGGCGAGUACUGAGUUCGACUGAUAUCCAUCCAUUGUCUGUCCCGCUUCUCCUCACGCGGGUCGCGGGCCGCGGGCCGCGGGCGUGCCGGACCAGCCUAUCCCAGCUAUCUUCACUGAACUGCUCGCUGGCCAAUCGCAGCGUCAAACUGAUAUAUAGUAUAUAAAUACUGUCAAUAAUUGUAAUUUAAUUGCAAAUUCCUCAUUUUUGCUUUCUGAUUAAACAUUUUUG